GUGAAGCUACUCAAGCUUCAAAUAGAAGCAAGCGAGAGAGGAACUUGGAGAAUUGGCUGCCAGUAACAGCAUCUAGGAAAGCAAAAUGGUGGUACUCCACGUUCCACAAUGUAACAGCUAUGGUGGGUGCAGGUGUACUUGGAUUGCCUUUCGCAAUGUCCCAACUUGGAUGGACUCCUGGAAUUGCUAUCUUGGGACUUUCAUGGCUCGUCACUUUAUACACAUUAUAUCAACUGGUUCAAUUGCACGAAUGUGUGCCGGGACAACGUUUCGAUCGUUACUAUGAGCUAGGGGAUUAUGCUUUUGGGAAAAAGAGGGGGUAUUGGAUUGUAAUGCCUCAACAAUUACUUGUUCAAGUAGCUUCAGACAUUGUGUACAUGGUCACCGGUGGAAACUCGCUACAAAAGUUCUUUCAGCUCAUUGCCCCAACUGUGGCCUCAAUUAGAAAGACCUAUUUCAUAACAAUGUUUGGCACCCUGCAAUUGCUGCUUUCUCAGACUCCCAAUUUUAAUUCACUUGCUGGAAUGUCAUCCCUUGCAGCUAUAAUGUCCAUUAGUUACUCUUCUAUAUCUUUCAUUGCAUCUGCAAUUAAAGGUUCACAACCUAAUAGAAAUGUAGAGUAUGGAGUUCGUGCGUCCACCUUGCCAGGAACCAUAUUCGAAGUAUUCAAUGGCAUGGGGGCAAUAGCUUUUUCCUUUGCAGGUCAUAGUGUUCUUCUAGAGAUCCAGGCCACCAUCCCUUCCACUCCUGAGAGACCAUCAAGUAAACCUAUGUGGAAAGGAGUAUAUGUAGCAUAUAUGAUUGUCGCAUUUUGUUACUUCACAGUUGCUAUCACUGGCUACUGGGCUUUUGGUAUUGGUGUAGAUGAUGAUAUCCUUGUGACACUCAGCAACCCCAAAUGGCUUAUUGCAGCUGCUAAUCUCAUGGUGUUUUUACAUGUUGUUGGAAGCUAUCAGGUUUUUGCAAUGCCAGUGUUCGACCUGAUUGAAUCCUACUUGGUAAACAAUUUAAAUUGCAAUCCAGGGUUCACUCUCCGCCUAAUUGGACGCAGUGUUUAUGUUAUUUUAACAGGUUUUGUUGGGAUUUGCAUCCCUUUCUUUGGAGGGUUAUUAGGGUUCUUUGGGGGACUUGUGUUCGCAUCCAUGUCAUUUGUUUUCCCUAGUCUAAUAUGGCUUAUCUUGAAAAAGCCAAAAAUAUGGAGCUUCCACUGGAUAGCAAGUUGGUUCGCGAUAAUAUUCGGAAGUUUGGUAAUGGUUCUUGCGCCGAUUGGAGGAAUGCGACAAAUUAUUAUUACUGCUAAAGAUUACACGUUUUUCUCUUAGGUUGUAAUUACAGAAAAAUGGUUUUAUAUGUUGCAAAUUUUUUGUUAAAUAUCAAUUUAUCUCUGGAUUUUGGUUA